GGUACCCUGACAAGCCCAACCAGACCGCGGUAGGAGCGAGAAAGGCAAGUCGGGCCUGCACGCCUCUUCCGCCCAGGGCCCGGAAGGGUGAUGUGGCUGGGGUUUCGCCGGCCUCAAUAUGUCUGCCAUUUUCAAUUUUCAGAGUCUGUUGACUGUAAUCUUGCUGCUUAUAUGCACCUGUGCUUAUAUCCGAUCCUUGGCACCCAGCCUCCUGGACAGGAAUAAAACUGGGUUGUUGGGUAUAUUUUGGAAGUGUGCCAGAAUUGGUGAACGGAAGAGUCCUUAUGUUGCGGUAUGCUGUAUUGUGAUGGCCUUCAGCAUCCUCUUCAUACAGUAGCUUGGAAAAAUGCCAGAAUUCAGUUGCAAUCAGAUUUAAAUAUGAAAAAAGACUUAGCUGCAAAAAUAAUGGAAAGAAUGGUUAACCCUUUUAUCUCUGAACAUUGAAUGAGAUAAAUUUUCAGCUGCUGUUCUCUAUUUUUGUUAUUGGACCAAUGUUCUAUAUAAAUAAUUAGGAUGUAACCAUUUAAUACUCAGAGUUUAAAUAUGUCUGUAACAAUCAACCUCAGUACUGUCACUACAAUAUUAUAUUCUGCAUAUGUCAUUCUAUUGUGUCAGAUACCAGUUUUUGGUGAGGUAUCUUUAAGGAACAUAGGAGAAA